CCACCGGUGCGUUCGGAGCGCGCGCACGGCAUCGUCCCGCACAGAGGCGCGUGCCGGAGUCAGAGGGAGGACCGGGAACCUGUGAGUCCGGCUCUCACUGACCCCGGACCCGGACACGGUGCUGACUGAAGCGGUCCGGACUCUGAGGACCCGGUUCUAGACUCGGUGUGUGCGCACUGACUGAAGCGGCUCUGCCUCACACACCACCCGGAUCACAGUCCACACCCGGACCCGGACCCGGACCCCCUCAGCCGCGGACCCCCUGAGGACCCAGGACCGGCCCAAGGAUGUCGGACUCCGCAUCCAGUUUCCUCCACAUCGGGGACAUAGUGUCUCUGUACGCGGAGGGUUCAGUCAACGGCUUCAUCAGCACCCUGGGGUUGGUGGAUGAUCGCUGUGUGGUGGAACCGGCUGCUGGAGACCUGGACAAUCCUCCAAAGAAGUUCAGAGAUUGCCUGUUCAAGGUGUGUCCGAUGAGCCGCUACUCUGCUCAGAAACAGUUCUGGAAGGCCAAACAGGCCAAACACGAGAAGGACAAGAUCGCUGACGUGGUUCUGCUGCAGAAGCUCCAGCAUGCGUCGAAUCUGGAGCAGAAACAGAACGAGACAGAAAACAAGAAAGUCCAUGGAGACGUGGUCAAAUAUGGGACAGUCAUACAGUUGCUCCACAUGAAGAGCAAUAAAUACCUGACGGUCAACAAACGGCUUCCUGCUCUGUUGGAGAAGAACGCCAUGAGGGUAACGCUGGACGGGACGGGCAACGAAGGCUCCUGGCUCUUCAUCCAGCCCUUCUGGAAACUCAGAGCCAACGGGGACAACGUGGUGGUUGGAGACAAAGUGAUCCUGAACCCAGUGAAUGCUGGUCAACCGCUGCACGCCUCCAACUACGAGUUGACCGACCACCCAGGAUGUAAAGAGGUGAACUCUGUCAACUGCAACACCAGCUGGAAGAUCAACCUGUUCAUGAUGUUCAGCGACCACAGGGAGGAGGUCCUCAAAGGAGGAGACGUGGUGCGUCUGUUUCACGCUGAGCAGGAGAAGUUUCUGACGUGUGACGAGUACAAAAGCAAACUGCACGUUUUCCUGCGAACGACGCUGCGACAGUCGGCCACGUCUGCCACCAGCUCCAAUGCAUUAUGGGAGGUCGAGGUUGUCCAUCAUGACCCGUGUCGCGGGGGGGCGGGGCACUGGAACAGCCUGUACCGCUUCAAACACCUGGCCACAGGAAACUACCUGGCUGCUGAGGAGAACCCUGGUUACAAAGGAGACAACGUGGAUCUGUCCUCAUCGAUGGACGGUAGCCGUAGUAACAAGCGUUCCCAUGGUGAGAGGAUCAAGUACAAGCUGGUGGCGGUGCCUCAUGGGAACGACAUUGCGUCUCUGUUCGAGCUGGACCCGACCACGCUGCAGAAAACCGACUCCUUCGUCCCACGGAACUCGUAUGUCCGGCUCAGACACCUGUGCACCAACACCUGGAUCCAGAGCACCAACGUCCCCAUCGACAUCGACGAGGAGAGACCCAUCAGGCUCAUGUUGGGGACCUGUCCCACUAAAGAGGACAAGGAGGCCUUCGCCAUCGUCUCUGUCCCAGUGAUGGAGAUCCGAGACCUGGACUUCGCUAAUGACGCCAGCGCCAUGUUGAGCACCGUGGUGGACCAGUUUAACCAGGGCUUCAUCAGCCAGAACGACCGGCGGUUUGCCAUCAAGCUGCUGGAGGACGUGGUCUUCUUCGUGGCUGACGUCACCAACAGCGGUCAGCUGGUUCUGGACGUGGUCAUGACCAAAGCCAACCGAGAGAGACAGAAACUGAUGAGAGAACAGAACAUCCUCAAACAGAUUUUUGGGAUCCUGAAGGCCCCCUUUAAGGACCGCGGUGGAGGGGAGGGGCCUCUGCUGUGUUUGGAGGAACUGGCCGACCAGAAGAACGCCCCCUACCAGUACAUGCUCCGCCUCUGCUACCGAGUCCUCCGACACUCGCAGGAGGACUACCGCAAGAACCAGGAGCACAUCGCCAAGCAGUUCGGCGUCAUGCAGAGUCAGAUCGGUUACGACAUCCUGGCCGAGGACACCAUCACCGCGCUGCUGCACAACAACCGCAAACUGUUGGAGAAACACAUCACCAAGACCGAGGUGGAGACGUUCGUCAGCCUGGUCCGCAAGAACCGAGAGCCCAGGUUCCUGGACUAUCUGUCAGACCUGUGUGUCUCCAACAACGUGGCCAUCCCUGUCACUCAGGAGCUCAUCUGUAAAUGUGUCCUGGACCCCAAGAACCAGGACAUCCUCAUCAAGACAGAACGUCGCAUCCCCAAAGAGGCGCCCCCUGGGGUUGGACCAGGAGAAUACAUGGACGACUACGGAGACGAUGACGAGGUGUGGCUGGUCUGGACGGACAAAACCAAUGAGAGGCAGGAGAAAAGCAUCAGGCAGUUGGCUCAGGAGGCUCGACAGGGCAACGCCCACGACGAGAACGUCCUCACCUACUACAGGUACCAGCUGAAGCUCUUCGCUCGGAUGUGUCUGGACCGUCAGUAUCUGGCCAUCGAUGAGAUCUCCAAACAGCUGGACAUCGAGCUCAUCUUCCUGUGCAUGAUGGACGAGACGCUGCCCUUUGACCUGCGGGCAUCCUUCUGCCGCCUCAUGCUCCACGCCCACGUGGACCGAGACCCUCAAGAGCUGGUGACGCCCGUCAAGUUCGCCCGCCUGUGGACGGAGAUCCCCACCUCCAUCACUAUCAAAGAUUACGACUCCAACAUGGAUGACAGCAGAGACAACAAGAAGAACCGUUUCUCCAACACCAUGGCCUUCAUGGAGGAGUAUCUCAACAACGUCCUGAACGAGGAACUGCCGUUUCACAACGAGGAGAAAAACAAGCUGACGUAUGAGGUGGUGAGUCUGGCGCGUCAUCUCAUCUACUUCGGUUUCUACAGUUUCUUUGAGCUGUUGCGACUCACCCGGACGCUGUUGGGCAUCAUCGACUGCAGACCCAAUCCGGGUCACGCGGGACUCCUGUUCCACGAUGACGGAUCAGGUAAGAACGUGAAGCGCUCCAUCCACGGCAUGGGUCAGAUGAUGUCCACCAUGGUCCUCAACAGGAAGCAGUCCUUAUUUGGAGGUCCAGGAGCCAGAGGGGCAGGGCUGGGGGCGGGGCUCGUGCUGGAGGGACAGAGGGGAAGUAAAGACAGCAUAGAGAAGAUGGACCUGACAGUGAUGGACACCAAGCUGAAGAUCCUGGAGAUCCUUCAGUUCAUCCUCAACGUCCGUCUGGACUACCGCCUGUCCUUCCUGCUGUCCGUCUUCAAGAAGGAGUUUGUGGACGUUUACCCCAUGGCCGACGCUGACGCCACCACCAACAUGGAGCAAGCAGCCUCCAUUAACCUGCUGCACAUCGGAGAACAGGCCGAGGCCAUGUUCGGGGUCGGUAAAGGCAACAGUAUCCUGGAGGUGGACGACGAAGGGGGACGGAUGUUCCUGCGGGUCCUGACCCACCUGACCAUGCACGACUACGCCCCCCUGGUGUCCGGAGCCCUGCAGCUGCUGUUCAGACACUUCAGCCAGAGACAGGAAGUACUGCAGACCUUCAAACAGGUCCAGCUGCUGAUCUCGGCUCAGGAUGUGGAGAACUACAAGCUGAUCAAAGCGGAUUUGGAUCGGCUCCGGACCCUGGUGGAGAAGUCUGAGCUGUGGGUGGAGAAGAAAGGCUCUGGAGGAGGAGAUGGGAAGAAGGACAAGAAAGACAAGAAGGACAAGACUGAGGGGGCGUCGGAGGAAGCGACGCCGAAGAAGGACAAACUGGAGAAGAGCAACGAGAACUACCAGAAGGUCAAAGAGAUCCUGGAGCGGCUCAAUAAAAUGUGCAGCAGUGGCGUCUGGAAGAAACAGCAGCGUCUGCUGAAGAACAUGGGAGCUCAUAAAGUCAUGUUGGACCUUCUGCAGGUGUCCUACGACCAGAACGAUGUGAAGAUGCAGGAGAUCAUCAGAUACACUCACCUGUUCCUGCAGAAGUUCUGUAUGGGGAACCAGGAGAACCAGGCGCUGCUGCACAAGAACCUCAACCUGUUCCUCAACCCUGGGCUGUUGGAGGCGGAGACUGUGCAGCACAUCUUCAGUAACAACUACCAGCUGUGCACCGAGAUCUCCGAGAGCGUCCUCCAACACUUCAUCCACUGCCUGGCCACCCACGGACGCCACGUCCAGUACCUCAACUUCCUGCACACCAUCAUCAAGGCCGAGGGCAAGUACGUCAAGAAGUGUCAGGACAUGAUCAUGACCGAGUUGACCAAUGCCGGCGAGGACGUGGUGGUCUUCUACAACGACAAGGCGUCCUUCAACGUGAUGUUGGAUCUGAUGGCGGAGAGUCGGGAAGGGGUGAGCGAGAACAGCCCCCUGAGGUAUCACAUCUCUCUGGUGGAACUGUUGGCGGCCUGUGCUGAAGGGAAGAACGUCUACACUGAGAUUAAAUGUACGUCUCUGCUUCCUCUGGAGGACGUGGUCCGAGUGGUGACGCAUGAGGACUGCAUCACAGAGGUCAAAGUUGCCUAUGUGAACUUCGUUAACCACUGCUACGUGGACACUGAGGUGGAGAUGAAGGAGAUCUACACGUCCAACCACAUCUGGAAGCUGUUCGAGGACUUCACAGUGGACAUGGCCCGGGUGUGCAACAAACGGGACAAACGUCUGUCCGACCCCGUCCUGGAGAAGUACAUCAUCAACGUGGUGUUCGACACCAUCAACGCCUUCUUCAGCUCACCAUUCUCCGAGAACAGCACCUCCCUACAGACUCAUCACACCAUCGUCACUCAGCUGUUGCAGUCGUCUGUUCGUCUGUUGGACUGUCCAUGGCUUCAGCAGCAGCACAGAGGACAAGUGGAGGCCUGCAUCCGAACACUGGCACUGACAGCCAAGAGCCGGUCCAUCUCCGUCCCUCUGGACCUGGAGGCCCAGAUCAGCUCUAUGUUGUCCACGUCAGCCCUGAACUCACUGUCCCGGUCCAACCCCAACUACAAGUCCUCCACUCGGUCCUCCAGACCCAUCGCCUCCAGCAACCCCUGGGACUACAAGAACAUCAUCGAGAAACUGCAGGACAUCAUCAACACUCUGGAGGAACGUCUGAAGCCUCUGGUCAACGCCGAACUGUCAGUUCUGGUCGACGUCUUGCAUCAGCCUGAGCUUCUGUUUCUGGAAGGAACCGACGCCCGUCAGCGCUGCGAGUCCGGAGGGUUCAUCUCCAAGCUGAUCCAACACACCAAGGCCCUGAUGUCCGCUGAGGAGAAGCUCUGCAUUAAAGUGUUGAGGACUUUACAGGAGAUGCUGAUCCGGACUCUGGACUUCGAUGAAAAGGGCAUUUCACUGCGGAAGGUUCUACUGCAGAACUACCUGUUCCCAAACAAGAAGAACAACCCCAAGACUGACCUGGCCGAGCUCGGCGCCAUAGGAGGUGAGCAGGAGCGUGACUGGGCGGCGGUGGCGUCCAUUCAGUGUCGACUGGACCGAGAAGGAGGAACCAAACUGUUCACAGACCUGGUCAUGAGCACCAAGAACGACAAGAUCUUCCAGGAGAGCAUCCAGCUGGCAAUCUGUCUGCUGGAGGGGGGCAACACCGAGAUCCAGAACUCCUUCUAUAAACUGAUGAUGGGAGACAACAAGUCAGAGAAGUUCUUCAAGGUUCUUCACGACAGGAUGAAAGAAGCACAGACAGACAUUAAAGCUACGGUGUCCGUGAACGUCGGAGAGAUGUCGCACAAGGCCAACGAGAAGGAGCUGGAGAGCGGUGCUUCUGCUACACUUGUGCUUCCUGGUGCAGGAGGUCACCCACUGUUGGUCCAGGGUCAGACCAUCGCCCCGGUAACAGGAGCCUCCGCCCUCCCAGUCCAGCCGGUGGUGGAGCAAAAGGAGGUGGAGACGGAGAUGGGACCGGCCGUCACCAUCAUGAAACCCAUCCUCCGCUUCCUCCAGCUGCUCUGUGAGAACCACAACCAGGACCUGCAGAACUUCCUGCGAUGUCAGAACAAUAAGACCAACUACAACCUGGUCUGUGAGACGCUUCAGUUCUUGGACAUCAUGUGUGGAAGCACUACGGGAGGUCUGGGUCUGCUGGGCCUCUACAUCAACGAGUCCAACGUCCACCUGAUCAUCCAGACCCUGGAGACCCUCACUGAGUACUGCCAGGGCCCCUGCCAGGAGAAUCAGACCUGCAUCGUCACCCAUGAGUCCAACGGCAUCGACAUCAUCACGGCUCUGAUCCUCAACGACAUCAGCCCGCUGUGUCGUUACAACAUGGAGAUGGUUCUGCAGCUGAAGGACAACGCCUCCAAGCUGCUGUUGGCGCUGAUGGAGAGUCGUCACGACAGCGAGAACGCAGAGAGGAUCCUGUUCAACCUCCGACCACGAGAACUGGUGGAGGUGAUCAAGAAGGCCUACAGCCAGGACAGUGAGUGUGAGGGGGUUGAGGUGUCCCCUCGGGAGGUCGGACACAACAUCUACAUCCUGGCCCAGCAGUUGGCGAGACACAACAAAGUCCUGCAGAACUUGCUGAAGUCCCUGAAGAAGAACAAGGAAGGAGACGAGGGCAUCUCCUCCAUGCUGAACCUGAACAACCGGCCUCUGUCCCAGAUGUUGAAGUCCAGCGCUCCAGCCACCGUGGCCGAGCAGGACCCACUGGAGUACUAUGACCAGCUGACUGCUCAGAUCGAGAUCGUGCGUGAAGAUCGCAGCAUGGAGCAGAUCGUGUUUCCGGUUCAUCCCAUCUGCGAGUUUCUGACCGAGGAGUCGAAGUUCCGCGUUUUCAACACCACGGAACAGGACGAGCAGGGGUCAAAGGUCACACACUUCUUUGAGCAGACGUCCUUCCUGCACGGAGAGAUGGAGUGGCAGAAGAAACUACGCAGUAUGCCUGUGCUGUACUGGUUCUCCAGGAGGAUGACUCUGUGGGGAACCAUCUCAUUCAACCUGGCCGUCUUCAUAAACCUGAUCAUCGCCUUCUUCUACCCGUAUGACUCAGGACAAGGUGCCAUCGAUGACUCCCUGCUGCUCAUGCUGUUCUGGAUCCUCACCGGUCUGUCGGUUCUGGCCUUGUUCUCCCAGCGGUACGGCCUCCAGCCUCUGACUCUGGCUCUGAUCCUCAGGUCCAUCUACCACUUCGGCAUCGGGAACACGCUCAUCCUGCUGGGCACGCUCAAUCUCAUUAAUAAGGUGGUGUUUGUGGUGAGCUUCGUGGGGAACAACGGGACGUUUAUUAUGGGAUAUAAAGCCAUGGUGAUGGACGUGGAGUUCCUCUAUCAUCUGGCCUACGUCCUGACCUCCACCCUGGGACUGUUCGUCCAUGAGCUGUUCUACAGCAUCCUGCUCUUCGACCUCAUCUAUCGGGAGGAGACUCUGUUCAACGUCAUUAAAAGUGUGACCAGGAACGGCCGCUCCAUCCUGCUGACGGCGCUGCUGGCGCUCAUCCUGGUCUACCUGUUCUCCAUCGUGGGUUUCCUGUGUCUGAAGGAGGACUUCAUCAUGGAGGUGGACCCACUGCCGCAGAUCGCUGCAGCUGCUCAGCCCAGCGAAGCCUCUCAAGAUUUCCUCAAGUCGUGUUCUGCAGACGGCGUCAGCUGCACUGCGGAGACCGACACCGUUACCGUCGGGAACGGGGACGAGGAGGAGCUGAACUCGGAGCGGGCCUGUGACACUCUGCUCAUGUGCAUCGUCACCGUGUUAAACCACGGUCUGAGGAACGGAGGAGGAGUCGGAGACGUUCUACGAAAACCCUCCAAGAACGAGCCGCUGUUUCCGGCCCGAGUCGUGUACGACCUGCUGUUCUACUUCAUCGUCAUCAUCAUCGUCCUCAACCUGAUCUUCGGCGUCAUCAUCGACACGUUCGCCGACCUGAGGAGCGAGAAACAGAAGAAAGAGGAGAUUCUGAAGACCACCUGCUUCAUAUGUGGUUUGGAGAGGGACAAGUUCGACAAUAAGACGGUGUCCUUCGAGGAACACAUCAAACUGGAACACAACAUCUGGAACUAUCUAUACUUCAUUGUCCUGGUCCGAGAGAAGAACAAGACGGACUACACGGGACCGGAGAGCUACGUGGCCCACAUGAUCAAGAACAAUAACCUGGACUGGUUUCCACGGAUGCAGGCCAUGUCUCUGGUGGUAACCGACGGCGACGGAGAGCAGAACGAGAUGAGGAUGUUACAGGACAAACUAACGUCCACCAUGAAAGUGGUGACCACGCUGACCGGUCAGCUGACAGAGCUGAAGGAGCAGAUGACGGAGCAGAGGAAGCGCAGGCAGAGGAUGGGCUUCGUCGACGUCCAGGCCGGAGCGAGUGCCGCCGGACCGCCCAGCGCCGCCGGAGGAAACCACCAGAUCUACAAGAGCUAGACUGAGCCAGAACCAGAACCAGCACUGAUCCAAGACCUGGCUUUAGUUUGGAUCAACGUUCACAGGGAAACAACAUCCCAUAAUAUCCUGUAUCUAUUUUUAAUGAGUCCUGCUGCUGUUACUGUAACCACUCUGUUCACAUCCAUCUGUCUGUUUUCUUUCUUUCUUUCUUUCUGUCUUUCUGUCUUUUCCUGGGACGUUCUUGAUGCCAAAAAAGAUAAAACAGGCAAAAAACUCAGAAUUAUUAAACUAUUAAACUAUUAUUUUCAUUUUAUAUAAAAACAAAAAUCAGAUUCAGUUUCAGCUGAAGCUGAACCAUCCUCUGACACCCCCCCCCCAAAAAAAAACAAAAAGAAAAAAACUGAAAAAAAAAAAAAAAAAACAACUCCAAAU